AUGUUGGUAGCUGAGCUAGGGGACUUGGAACCUGUGAUUUACGUUGACCACAAAGGGGAAGAACACCACUUGCUGGCUGCACCGAAAGUUAUUGGCAACAUGAUGACGCUUGAAGCAGAAAACAAACCAUCAUCACUCGUAUUCAUUCCAAAAGAGAGAAAAGAAAUUGAUGAAGACAGCCAACCCGACCAAACACCAUGCUCAAUCCGGAACAUCGUAUUGAAUAGUCAUUGCAGAGCAUUACUAUCAAAGUCAAACUACAUCGAGUUGGAUCCUCAGACUGCACUUUUGCUAAACAACAGCUGGACUUUAAAUCCAAUGGCAGCUAAAUCAUGUGCUCAUUUGUUGGAAGAGGCUGUUUUUGUGGAGGGAGGCAAGUCUUUACUUGUUCUUGGUGGAGAGAUAUAUUCAAGACUCCCAUCGCUGGAUGCACACUAUGAAAAGACAUCAUCAACAAAAGGAAACAUCCCCCAGUCCUCUUUACCUCACACUGAUACAAGAUACCAAAAUGUAGAAUUAUGCUUGAUUGACAAUGAUAAUGCUAAGAAAUUAGUGUUGGGAACUAAAACUAUGAACGUUUUGAUUACUUCAUCUAUACGCCUGGAAAGCAAUCAGCCAGUAGCUGUCGGUGCCUCUAGCUCAAAUGGAUUCAUACCAAGUAGGAAUACAAGGAUCUUUAUUGAGAAAUGCAAACUUCAAGAAAUUGAAAUGACGACAAAAGCAAAUACGCAACUUGAUGGAAUUAGAUCUUCUCACCAAUAUUUGCUUUAUCCAUUCGAUGAACAUGCUCAGUUACGCCAACUAAGAUCCAAGUUUGAUCGAUUGUCCACCUACCUGUGUUACCGAUUUUCGUCUAAAUUUACUAAUGAUGUUCGAACAAGACCUUGGACAAUAUGGACAAUCGCAGAUCGCUCCCGUAAUCAAGACAGAGAUUCCAGUGUUGUGGCCGCGUCAAAGCUUUUCAAGCACAUCGCAACUCAAGUGUGGGAAAAUGGAGCUGAAGCAAGCUUGAGUUUGAAUACUAUUACAUCUUUGAAACGUCAAUUUAAACAAAGUGGAAACGUCGAGAGAAUAUUUGGUUGUAUUGAAGACUUGUAUGAGGACGAUAUUUCAACAACUACAAUAAUAGGAAACAAAGAACUGAACAAAUUACUAAAGAAUUUGGCUUCUCUGCUGUCAUCUGAAAUCGUAAAUGGAAACGAGCAAAUCAGUAGAAAUAUUCAACAUGUAUUUAACGAAGCUUACAAUUGA